AUGAAGGGGCCACGAGCAUCAAAGAGGCGGAGGGUGUCUGAUGUUCAGGUUAUCGAUGAGGAUGGAGAUAUUGCUAUGCACAACAAUAACGAAGACGUGUUCUCCGGUCCACCUUCUCCGACACCGCAAAAACGAGCUGUCGGCAAAGCCUCACUGGUAGACAAGAAGACAGAAUCUCCUAGUGCGUCAAGGUCGGCGCCGCGCCAACUGUCAAAGGGUGAUCAGACGACAGUGCCAGAGACUGCAACGAACGGACAGGAGAAAGAGAAUAAUAGCACUGAGACAUCUUCACAGGCUGGACUACGGUCGAGUGGACGACAGCGGAAACCUCCUCAGAGACUCGAAGAUGAAGUCAUCAAUACACCGUCUGCGAGGAAAUCAAUUACAGCUCCGGAGCGAAGGGGUCACGCCUCGAGAAAUGUACGGAGGUCGAGACACGUAUCGGAGAUGGAGGAGAGUGGGGAUGAAUCGCCGCAAUCACAGUCUGGAAGAGUAACAAGGACAAGGUCGAAGAGGACUUCUGUAAGAUUUGACGCUACGAAUACAGAUAGCGGUCGCUAUGCGGUGGAUGGAAAUGAUUUCCGGCACUCUCCUUCUCCGGAUGAUUACCAGGAUGAGUUGGAUGACCUUCUGUCAAUGCAAUUGCAACAAGACCUUACUAAGAAAGAAGGAGUUGGCCAAGAUGAAGUCGCGCCUACGGAUGUUUCAAUUCCUGCGUAUGCUGAAAGGUUCCAGGCUCUUUCCCAGACAGGUUUGACGGAAGAACUGCGGACGAUGGCUGAGUUGAUAUUGGAAAAGCUGAACGGCAAACGACUCAUUCCACUAAAGGGGCUGGAAAACGAAUACAACAAGGUUCUUCAGCUUCUUGAGCAGACGGUCGAGGUGGGAGAAGGUAAUUCCAUGUUGCUUUUGGGAUCUCGAGGGUCAGGAAAGACCGCCAUAGUGGAGACUAUCAUCUCCUCGCUGAGAAAACAACACAAGAACGACUUCCAUGUCGUCCGGCUCAAUGGUUUCUUGCAUACUGAUGAUCGACUGGCGCUCCGCGAGAUAUGGCGUCAACUUGGGCGGGAGAUGAACACAGAAGACGAAGCUGGGAAAGUGGGCAGCUACGCUGAUACUAUGGCGACUCUUCUUGCUCUUCUGUCACAUCCGGAAGAACUGUUUGGCUCUCCAGAUAGUCCAGAUACUGUGACGGCGGCAAAAUCCAUAAUCAUCAUCCUGGAUGAGUUCGACCUGUUUGCCACUCACCCGCGCCAGACCCUGUUGUACAAUCUCUUUGAUAUUGCGCAAGCGCGGAAAGCACCGGUGGCGGUGCUAGGACUGACGACCAAGGUGGAUGUCACUGAGAUGCUAGAAAAGCGAGUCAAGAGUCGAUUCAGUCAUCGAUACGUCUUUGUUCCGCUCCCGAGAACGUUUGACGUAUUCUCCGAGAUCUGCCUCGCUGGCUUGGACCUGGACAAGGAGGACGUGCGGGAGAUGAUGGAGGCGGACGAUGCGAAAAAGCACUCUGUUGUGAAGUCUGAAGGAUGGGAUAAGCUACUGGAGGGGUGGAAAGCCUAUCUACAGGGUUUGUGGAGCGACGAAGCGUUCCGAGCUCAUCUACAACGAAUCUAUUACCAAUCCAAGUCCGUCAGGGAGUUCCUGACCAGCGCGUUGAUCGGAAUGACAGAGCUAUAUUAUAGCACUUAUCCCUCCGCAGACGAGGACGGUCUUUCCUUUCAGAUUCCUACCCCGACAACAUUCAGCAGCCAGAGCUUGUCUUGUCCGGAUCCUGCACCUCUACCGUUCUCAGUAUCUACGACCGUCAGUUCAUCCUCGUUACCACUAUCGUUACUGCUAGCCGCCACGCGCCUGGCGGCGCUGUUCGAUCCGGGACUGGAGGCAUCGCAAAGCACGGGGCCACUGGCGCUGUCAUUCCCCGCGGCCUACGCUGAAUAUGUACGGCUACUGACAUCAGCCAAAACGUCAGCAUCCGUGUCCGGGGCGGUGGCCACUCCCGGACGAGUCUGGGGUCAGGAGGUGGCACGCGAAGCGUGGGAGAAGCUAGUGAGCUGGGGGUUGAUUGGUGCAGUAGGCGGGGGAAGUGGGACAGCAAAUGGACGGAUGUUCCGGGUUGAAAUCAGCUUUGAGGAAGUGGUUGCGAUGGCGGGAUCGGGGGGUUCAUUAGGAAAGUGGUGGCGGGACGGGUGA